GGCAGGUGGCGGCACGCGGCCGAUCGCAGGCUCCCGGGCCGCCCGCUUCCCGUGCGAGCCCUUUAAGGCGGCCGGCGCGGCGGAAGCGCGUGGCUGCACUGGGCGCCCUCGGCGGAGCUGCGUGGCCAUGGAUGUGGGCGCCGACGAGUUCGAGCAGAGCCUCCCUCUGCUGCAGGAGCUCGUCCUGGGCGCGGACUUCGUGGGUCUGGACAUAGAGUUCACGGGCCUUCGUUCUAACCAGUCCCGGCCCCAGCAGAUCAGCCUGUUCGACCUGCCCUCGGAGUGGUAUCUAAAGACCCGUCAGAGUGUUCAGCAAUUUACAAUCUGUCAGAUUGGAUUGUCUGUGUUUUCCAGUAUUGAAGGAGAGUCAAACAAGUAUGUAGCCCAUUCGUGUAACUUCUUUCUCUUCCCCACGACGUUUGGGGUUUUGGAUUCGGAGUUCUCUUUCCAGGCUUCCAGUGUCCAGUUUCUGAAUCAGUAUGGCUUUGACUACAACAAGUUUCUCAAAAACGGGAUCCCAUAUAUGAAUGAAGAACAGGAGAAGAAAAUCAAACACAACAUCCUGACUGGGAACUGGAAAGUUCGCAGUUCUCUGGAUAAAGACCAGAUCAAGGUGGUGAUUGAUGAGGUGACACGGUGGCUGGACCUGGCGGAGGAGGGCGACUGGAUGACUCUCCCUGGUAUUGCUGGCUUCCAGGCCUUUGAGAUCCAGCUGGUGCUGAGGCAGGCCCUCCCCAACAUCUGGACGGUCCUGAGAGACCAGGGGAUAAUAGUGAAAAAAGUGAGCAAACAGCAUCGCUGGUACCUUGAGAACACCUCCUGCGAUCGAGAGAGCUGUUGGAAGGAGAAGAUUCUUCUCUCUGCGAGGGGUUUUUCUGUGUUUUUCCAGAUGCUGGUGAAAGCCCAGAAGCAGCCCUUGGUGGGCCACAACAUGAUGACAGACCUACUGCAUCUGCACGAGAAGUUCUUCCGGCCGCUUCCAGAAAGCUAUGAUCAAUUUAAGCUGAAUAUCCACAGCCUAUUUCCUGUUCUCAUUGACACCAAGAAUGUGACAAAGGACAUCUGGAAGGAACUGAAUUUCCCAAGGGUUUCGAAUCUCUCAGAAGUUUAUGAAGUCCUAAACAGUGACUUGAAUCCUACCAAAAGUUCCGGGCCAGUGAUUAUUCACGCAAGCAAGUGCGAAAAAUACGCUGAGACCAAGUACCCCCACGAGGCUGCGUAUGAUGCUUUCCUCUGUGGCUCAGUUCUUCUGAAAGUGGCACAUUUGCUCCUGUGGAGAGUACAUGGGUGAGUGUUCCUUCCAUCCUGUUACGGGAACGGGGCUCGCUGGGUGUGAGCUAAGGCGCCCGGCUCCUGCGGCUGUCCCAAAGGGAGCGUGUGGGGCGCUAUGUACACGCAGUCCCUGCCCGGGGAAGCAGACUUCCUCCUCAGGGUGGCCUUCCCUGCUGGUCCUGGCCCCUGUGUUCCCACUGGGAAAACUCACGUGCCGGGAGGCUGAGGCGGUAAGGCCAGCUGUGGCUCCUGACCCCCGCCUCCGUGCCUCCCGGGGUGUAAGCUUGCUUUGUUACCUGCCUGUUCCUCAUCACUGUGUCACAGUGAGGUAGGAGGGCUGAGUGUCCAGGCCCAUAAGGGACCCCUCCUGGGGGUCCCCGCAGUCAGGCCGGGGAGAAGGGGAGGGACUUGGAAUCGGGCAUAUAGGAAAGCGUUUCUAAAACCCCAAAUUGGAAUGCGUGGCGACGUCAUCCUCGAUGUUUCCAGCAUCCGCUCAUAGGCGGUGACACCACACAUGAAAUACACAUUCUGUAGCGCCAGCUGGGUGUCCGUGUUUGUUGUGUAGGAUUUGGGCCAGGUGAGGAGCUCAUCAGAAUUGAAACACAGGGUCCUUGAGGCCGACUUGGAAACCUUUGCGGACUAGUGAAAGCUAAUAACUUUGGACUAAUCUGUUAACCGUGGUACUGCCUUUUUGUCUGUUUUGGUAAUGGACGUUAUGCAUAGCAAUCCUCUGUGACCUAUUGAUGUGAGGCUUAUAACUUAAAUAGGAAUUCCCCCCCUCUUGCUCCUCCCUGAGCUCUGACCGCAUCUCCGUGCUCCCCGGGAGGUACCCACGUGCCAGACGGUGAAGGCAGCUAACAGCCCGAAUGGCAGAAAAUCUCCUCCGUUCUUCUCCCUGUCUUCUAGAACUUUUCCGGUCCAGAUGACCCCAGUGUCCGACCUCCCAUCCUCCU